AUGGACCUGGGCUUCAGUGAAACCAUGAACGCCAUUAUUGCGAAUUUACCUAAAUCAAGGCAGACGUUGCUCUUCUCGGCCACCCAGGAGAAGAGCGUUAAAGACCUAGCGCGUUUGUCUCUCAAGUCACCGGAAUAUGUUACCGCUGGUGACCACGACACCUCAAGCAAUAGCGGAGAAGCUUCCGAAUACCAAGCCCCACCCAAACUCACCCAAGUAUAUCUCGUAUGCGACCUGCAGAGGAAGUUGGAUAUCCUGUAUUCAUUCCUACGCACACACACAAAGGAUAAGAUUCUAGUGUUCAUGUCGUCGUGUAAGCAGGUGCGUUAUGUAUACGAAGCGUUUAGGAACGCGCGACCGGGCUUGCCGUUGCUGGCUUUGCAUGGACAACAGAAACAGGCCAAGAGAAUGGCCAUGUACAACUCUUAUACUAAAAAGUCGGAGGCGUGCUUGUUCGCCACUGAUAUAGCUGCGAGGGGGCUAGAUUUUCCAUCUGUCAAUUGGGUGAUCCAGAUGGACUGCCCGGAAGACGUGGCCACAUACAUCCACCGCAGUGGUAGGACUGCGCGAUACAAAGCAGACGGUAAAGCACUACUCAUGUUGCUUCCCAGUGAGGAGGAGGCGAUGUUAGCCAAGAUAACCGAGCGCAACAUACAGCUACAACGCAUCAAGAUGGACGAGAAAAAACUCACGUCGUGUGUUAACCACGUGUCUAACCUGUGUGCGAAGGAUGCGGAUAUGAAGCACUUGGCACAGAGGUCGUUUGUGUCGUAUGUGCGAUCGGUACACUUGCAGGCGGAUAAAGAAGUGUUCAAUGUGGGGAAGCUACCGCUGGAGGAGUAUGCGCUGUCGCUGGGCUUGUCGAAGGCACCAAAGAUUAGGUUUGUGAAGAAGAUUAAGAAACACUUUGGAGCCCAGGCUGACAGGCCGGAGGCGCACUUGAGCAAAAAGGAAGCUAUAAAUGUACUGAAGCAAACUCAGAAAUCUCCGGACGAGAACAGCGAUGCCGCAGGAAGUGAUGGAGAGGCCGAAGAUAAAGGUUGGGAUGUAGAUGUGGAUGAUGACGAUGAUCUGCUGAUAGUAAACCCAGACCAAAGUAAGGUUGCCCAACUGGAUUCGGAGGACGAUGCGCAAGUGGCGCAAGAGUUGGAAAAAGCUCGAAAGAAAAAGGAGAAGACGAAGGCGGCAAAGGCCAAGAAGGAGCUCAGCAAGGGAGCGACAAACACCAAAGUCAAGUUCAUUGACGGAGAGGCCCACACCGUGAGGGGUACGGCGCCAGAAGCGGCAGACGACGGCUACGAAGGGGGUAUUGAUAUCGAGGCCGUUAAGCAGAAACUGAAGGAAGAAAAUGUCAAGGAUAAAGCUGCUGAUCGCGAGCGUUUAAAACAGAGGAAACGUGAGAGAAAGAUCAAGGAGAAGAAGAGGCUGGCUGGUUCAGACAGCGAAGAUGACGGCGCUGAUGGUCCUGUGGUUGUAACACUUGGCGGCGAUGAUGCACAGGAAGACAGUGAGGACGAAUCGCACAAUGCAGCAGGUGCAGAAUCCGACGGCGAGUAUUCCGACUACGAGCGACCCGGAGCUAGCCGCGGAACAAAACGUAACCGUUCGAGUGGAAGUGAAUCAUCGGACGACGACGCUGAUGCUAAUAAUAAUAACAAUGCUACAACAGAUGCAUUCUCGAGUAAACGCGCGCGUGCAAUGCAAAGAGACGAGGCUCUUGCGCUGCAGAUGUUAGACAUGUAGACAGAUUGAAUGGCAAUAAAGUCACCGAUGAAGUG